CGCGAGAGCAGACGUGGCGCCGAUCGGCGAAGUGCGGAGAAGGCGCUGUUUGACAGGCGGUCUGCGCCGCGAUACCCGGAACUGGAGAUUGACAGGCAAGCUCGGCGGUGCCCCGGGGCAUCGAGCUGCCGAGUGGCAGUUUUCAGGUACAUUACAAGAAGAUGACAGGGUUAAGUGGGAAAGUUCAGACCGUGCUGGGUCUGAUCGAUCCUAGCCAGUUGGGUCGCACCCUGACUCAUGAGCACUUGGCCUUGUCUUUUGCGGUUUGCUACUUUCCACCACCCCCUGGUCAAGAAGACUACUCGGAAAUGCCGAUAUCCAUGAACAACUUGUAUUGGCUCAAACAGAACCCGUACAGUCACAAAAGUAAUCUGAUGCUGAACGAGGAGACUGAAGUGGUGAAAGAGGAGCUGCUGCAUUUUAAGAGGGUGGGUGGUGGAACCAUUGUGGAAAACACAACGACGGGGAUUUGCAGAGAUGUGAAAACUCUCCGGCGCCUUUCUCAGGAAACUGGUGUCCAUGUCAUUUCGGGGGCAGGAUUCUACGUGGGUGAAACUCAUUCUCCUGAAACGCGGAGCAUGACCGUGGAAAAAUUAACAGAUGUUCUAGUGAAUGAAAUUCUACAUGGAGCAGAUGAAACUGAUAUCAAAUGUGGAGUGAUUGGAGAAAUCGGCUGUUCUUGGCCAAUUACUGAGGGUGAAAAGAAAGUUCUUCAAGCCACUGCUGAGGCACAGACGCAGCUUGGCUGUCCUGUUAUCAUUCACCCUGGCAGAAAUGUUGAAUCACCUUUCCAGAUUAUUCGAAUACUUCAGGAGGCUGGGGCUGACAUCUCCAAAACAGUCAUGUCCCAUCUAGACCGGACCAUACUUGACCCGGAUAAACUACUAGAGUUCGCGAGACUGGGAAGUUACUUGGAAUAUGAUUUAUUCGGCACUGAAUUCUUGAACUAUGCGUUUAAUCCCGCGGUGGAUAUGCCCUGUGAUAAUGAAAGGAUCCAUCGAAUCUGUUUUCUGGUUGAAGAGGGUUAUGCAGAUAAACUGUUGAUAUCCCACGAUAUUCACACUAAGAACCGUUUGACCAAGUAUGGAGGACAUGGCUAUUCGCACAUUCUGACCAACAUCGUUCCGAAAAUGAAUCAGAGAGGUCUGUCGCAAUGUGUCAUAGACAAGAUUUUAGUAGAAAAUCCAAAACGGUGGUUAACGUUCAAAUAAUUAGACAUCAGACUCGCCCAAAAUAAUCUACAAGAUCUGAAGAACUAAGUUUCCAAGUAAACCGAUUUAUAGUUGAUUUCAGCGCAAUGCUUUAGUUAUAAAUCCUUAAUUCCUAGUACAUUUAAAAGAUGGUGUAUUCUUUAAUGGAUGACGGAUGAAAAAUGAACUGACGAUUAUUUGAAGGGCGCUUGUUUUGCUGUGAUGUCUUACUGUUUACUUGUGCGACAAUAAAGAAACGUUUAACAAACCUAAUGAGGCAGAUCGUAUAAUUUGGCGCAGCGUUUACUGUAAUAGGAUGGGAUUUAUAGCAAUUAAAUUCCACUUGGGGCUAUUCUCAAUCCAACAAUAAUUUCUUGAUUUGUUGUUUGCCUCCGUUGACACGUGAUCGCAGUACAGUUGUUAGACAAACGUCAAUCAUGUGUAAAUUGGAGUAAAUAUAGUGGAAUAUUUCUGAAAAGUCGUCCAUUACUUUACAUUAAAACUAGUGACUACACUUAAAGCAUGUUUACUCAUUGCACAGCGCGCCUCAUGGAUGUGCUAAAGACCCUCUUCCUUCCAUGAAUUAUUAUUUGCAUUUGAUUCUAAUCGGUAACUCUUAUAGAUAUUAACAACAUACAGUAUUCACAAAGCAGCUACUAACUGAAUACCAAGAAAGAUGAAUAAUUCGUCAAAAGAUGAAUGAAGGU